AUGGCCUUCAUACUACGACGGCCAUUCGCCGUCGCGGCGACCCUGCGACAAGCAGUACCUAAGCAACCGCAACCCGUCCUCGCGCGCGGAUUCCACAAGACGCCGUUGAAGCAGCAUCCCAACUUCUUCACUCCCAAGACGCCUUCGAUUUCCUCCACACGCAAUGCCCUCCGCUUCCACACUACCUUCCGCCGCUCGUAUCAGCAGACCGCCUACAACCCCGUGGCUCAGGGCGACCUGAAACAGCGACUCAUCUACGGCGCUGGUAUCUUCGGCGCCACUCUUUUGGGCAUCAACUUCAUCUUCAACCGGGAAACCCGUGAGGAUGGCGGCAUGCCCGACUUCGAGAGACGGUACCUGAACGACACUUUCAUGCACACUGGACUUGGCAUUGGCAUCAUCGGUGUCGCAGCGCGCGCACUGCACAUGAACGGAUGGAGCUUCCGGCUGAUGGCUGCGAAUCCGUGGCUGGUCCUUGGUGUUGGUCUCGUUGGUAGUAUUGGUACCAUGUAUGGCACUCGCGCUACGCAUCCGGACAACUACGUACAAAAAUACGGCCUCUGGACCGCCUUCAACCUCUGCCAAGCCGCCCUCCUCUCGCCCCUCUUCUUCAUGCACCCCGCCAUCCUCGCUCGCGCUGGCCUCUACACCGCCGGCAUGAUGGGCUCCAUCGCCUUCGUUGGCGCCACCGCAAAGCAGGAGAAGUACCUCUACCUCGGUGGCCCGCUACUCGCUGGUGUCGCUAUCGUCGCGCUGUCCGGUCUCGCUCCCAUGGUUAUCCCUGCCACUGCCGCACGAACGCUCAUGUGGACCGAGAACAUCUGGCUGUAUGGAGGUCUGGCGGUGUUUGGUGGUUUUACGCUGUAUGAUGUGCAGAAGGUGCUGCAUCAUGCUAGGUUGGCUGAGCGGGGGCUUAUGCCUAAGGAUGCGGUUAAUGAGUCGAUUUCGCUGGAGUUGGACUUUUUGAACAUCUUCAUUCGGAUGGUGCAAAUUCUAGCUAUGCAGCAGGGAAGGAGGAAGUAG